UCUGCGCGCCCUGCGGCUGGAGGUGGUGGCCGGCGCCCAUUCUCAGUCUGGGCUGCCGAGAGAGUAGAGAGUACUGGGCAUCCUCCCCGCGCCUCUGGCCUCGGAUGGAUGUGUCGGGCCCGGUAUCCCGGAGGGCGGCGGCGGCGGCUGCCACCAUGCUACUGCGCACCGCCCGCGUGCCGCGCGAGUGUUGGUUCCUGCCCACCGCGCUGCUCUGCGCCUACGGCUUCUUCGCCAGCCUACGGCCGUCCGAGCCCUUCCUGACGCCCUACCUGCUGGAGACGCGCGAGAACCUGACAGAGCGGCAGGUCUUCAAUGAGAUUUACCCAGUGUGGACUUACUCUUACCUGGUGCUGCUGUUUCCUGUGUUCCUCGCCACAGACUACCUCCGUUACAAACCCAUUGUUCUGCUGCAGGGAUUCAGCCUUAUUGUCACAUGGUUCAUGCUGCUUUAUGCGCAGGGACUGCUGGCCAUUCAGUUCCUAGAAUUCUUCUAUGGCAUCGCCACAGCCACUGAAAUUGCCUAUUACUCUUAUAUCUACAGUGUGGUGGACCUGGGCAUGUACCAGAAGGUCACAAGUUACUGUCGAAGUGCCACGUUAGUGGGCUUUACAGUGAGCUCUGUCCUAGGACAAAUCCUUGUCUCGGUGGCAGGCUGGUCCCUGUUCAGCCUGAAUGUCAUCUCUCUCACCUGUGUUUCUGUGGCUUUUGCUGUGGCCUGGUUUCUACCUAUGCCACAGAAGAGCCUCUUCUUUCACCAUGUUCCUUCAUCAUGCCAGGGAAUGAAUGGCAUCAAGGUACAAAAUGGUGGCAUUGUGACUGACACAUCUGCUUCUAACCACCUGCCUGGUUGGGAGGACAUUGAGUCAAAAAUCCCUUUAAAUCCGGAAGAGCCUCCCGUGGAGGAACCGGAAGCCAAGCCAGACCGCCUCCUUGUGUUGAAGGUACUGUGGAAUGAUUUCCUGAUAUGCUACUCCUCCCGCCCCCUGCUCUGCUGGUCUGUGUGGUGGGCCCUUUCCACCUGUGGCUACUUCCAAGUCAUCAACUACACACAGGGCCUGUGGGAGACUGUGAUGCCUUCUCGCCAUGCUGCCAUCUACAAUGGUGGGGUGGAGGCCGUUUCAACCUUACUGGGUGCUAUUGCCGUGUUUGCAGUUGGUUACAUAAAAAUAUCUUGGUCAACCUGGGGAGAGAUGACGUUGUCCCUGUGUUCUUUCCUGAUUGCUGCUGCAGUGUAUGUCAUGGACACCGUGGGUAACAUCUGGGCGUGCUACGCAUCCUAUGUCAUCUUUAGAACCAUCUAUACGUUACUCAUCACAAUAGCAACGUUUCAGAUUGCCGCAAACCUCAGUAUGGAGCGCUAUGCCCUGGUGUUUGGUGUAAAUACCUUCAUUGCCCUGGCACUACAGACCGUGCUCACUCUGAUUGUGGUGGAUGCCAGCGUCCUGGGCUUAGAAAUCACCGUUCAAUUCCUGAUCUACGCCUGUUAUUUUGCACUCAUCGCUGUGGUUUUCCUGAUUGGUGGCGCAGUCAGUAUUGCGAAGAAGUGCAGAAAGCAGGAAGAUCCAGAGCCAAGUUCUCAAGUAACCACUUCCUAAGACACCACUCAAGAGCUGCCUCUCACAGCAAAAACUCUGCACAGCAACUGCCUGGAUAUAUGUAAUAUUUUUAAGGUUCAGACAGAUAUUUAUGAAUGUGCAUUUCAUGGCUUCAAAGCAGCCGCUCAACUAAUCCCUAUAUUCCUGAGAUACCAUGGUACUGCUGACAAGCGAGAAGUCAAGUUGGUCUCAUGGAUUAUUUGUGAGAGCUAAUUCAAGGAUGACCUUUUUCUGAUUCAAAAGUGAACUUGGUUUUGAAAACCAAGUAAUCAGGAGCAAUCAGGCAGCACACAGUGUUGUAUACUUGAUUAGUGAGCGUGUUCCAUGUUUUGUAGGUCAUGCACAUCUAUAUCCCCUUAGCCAGACUCUUGGCCUCGUGGGACCAGGGCUUCAAAGAGGCCACAGGUUAUUGUGUCAUGAUAGAACUAUGUUCUAUUAGCACCUGCGUCUAUUGACCUUCAUUCUGGUUUCUGUGUUACUCAUGUGCAUUUGUGUUUCUACAGAUGAAUGUUGUUACUAUGACUGGCAAUAUUUGCUCUGGUUUAAUGUCUAAGGAGUAUGUGUCAUUUUUAAUUUUAAGUUAUUUUUAGAAAAUUCAUUGUAUGAAUAUUCUUGGUUCCCAUCUUCACCGUUACGUAUUGUGUAAACUUUCUUUACAAAUACAUUUUUGCAUUAUUCAUAUGCUUCCCAGAGAAGCUCAGUUAGUAAGAAGGCAAGUUUUAAAGCCUGCUUAUAAUCCAAAUGAAGAGACCUGAUAAGAAAACAGGUUUGCUUGUCUAUUAUUCUUCAGUAUGGAGGACUGUUAAUUCCAUGAUGAAAAAUCAUACACAGACUCAAAAUACAACUAGCCCAUUUUGUUAUGUGCAUUCCCCUUUAUUUCCAAAAUGAAAUGAAAAUGUCUUUUUCUUUAAAAUAACUUCAUUCCCAUUUGUAGCUUUCAUAUUAUUUUGAUUUCCUUAUUCAGGAUAAAGAUAUCUGUAGGAGUUGGAUUAUUCCCAGGUCUUUUUCAUAAACUGAGCCUCUUUCUAAUUAUUUUAAUGGGUUUUUUGAUUCCUGCAUUUUUGUACCUUAAAUCAGCCUUUGUUUGUAAGGGCGGAUCAUUUUGAAUGUUUAAAAGUUGCUAGUAAUUCCAUUUCCAAGUUAACUUGAAAGGCAUAUUGUUCUAUAUGCAUUUAAUUCUGCAGUCUCCCAAGGGACUACUAAUAUUUAUGAGACAUAAAAACUGUUUCAAAGCCAACUCUGUUGCCUUAUUUGGAGAAGCACGUAGGUAGCUCUUUUAACUAUGGUGUUAACUUUUUUAGAACAACAAGGCUAAACAAUGGUAAUCAUAGUGUCAAGAUUGCAGAAUUGACAUAUUCAUUUGGUUUAAGCAAGGAUCCUAGAAGCAAAAUAGGUGGAUCAGAGCAGGUCAUUGGCAUUCACCUUUCUUAAUACUUGCAGGAAAGGCAAAGAACACUGGUUAAGGAAAGGAAGGGACAGUAUUUCGUAAGUUAGCAAUCUUCAUUUUUAUAUUGUUUCCUUUUUUGCUGUUUUCCUUCUGUUCUGUAAGAAAUUAUCCACAAAUAAGUAAAAAAUCAUGUUUGAGGAAUUCUGAUGUUUUAAAAAAUGAAAUGGACUAUGGUACAAUCAAAUUGUUCACAUUACCAAAGGAAUGUUUCCCUGGAAUUUAACACACGGUUUGUGGCACCCAGCCAGAGCCUUUAUGUAUUUAAGACAAGAUUGUGUUCCCAUCUUGGUGGAUGGCCAUAGAAUGCUGAAUCCAUUGUGCUAGUUGUACUGUAUACAGUUUUGCAAAGAAAUGAAAAUAAUUUGUUGCACUUUUUAUUCAAUUCUGUAUAGAUUAUAAAAUUAUUUUUAUGAAAUAAAUAUUUUACAGUGUA